AUACACGGUGUAGUACACGAUUUACCCACCACACGCCACACGCCACACGCACACGAUUUACCGCGGCCCGGGAGGUAGCAUUACUUUCGGCUUCCUAAAUACAGUAGGCUAUGUUUUAAGAAAGCUUCUCAAGUUGACUUGUUAAGUUUGUUAUUGCUGUGACACGUGGGAUUUAAUUAUAUACAUUGAUUUGUUAUGAAUACUAUGGAUGAAAUUAGACCUCAAAAUUUGAAGGCCUGCAUGAAUUUCAAAUGGACAGACGAUUUAACCUUACAGUUUAUAUUAUUUCGCCAUGAAAGGCGUAAUAUGUUUACCAAGAAAAGAAAUACGUCACGACAUGGAUGGCAAUUGAUCCUGAAGGAUAUGGGUUUAGCAUCAUAUGUGACUCCAUAUCAAGCUCAAAAGAAGUGGAAUAAUUUAUGGUCAAAAUAUAAGCUAGCAAAAAGAGCUCAGCUAGCUGAAGGACCUGUUGAAGAAGAUCCUAAUGGUGUGUGGCCUUUCUUUACUGUAUUGGAUGCAAUUGCAACUGGGAAAACAGUUGCAAUUACAAGCCCAGGAGUGACACUUCAAGUAGCUGUUAGUGAAACUAGUGGACCAGUUAUUGACGAUACAGCGCACAACACUGUUAAUGCUUCUGCUAUCCAAGGGAAUGAUGCUGAACCUCCAUCUAAGAAAUCAAAAUUAGAAUCAGAAAUGAGUAACCCCAGCAAUGCUUUACAAUGGGAUGGAGAAACAAUAAAUGAUGAUCACAAACAACAAAUUGUUGAACUUUUACAGGCAAAUCUCCAGCAGUUAGAUGAAGUAAGGCAAUCCAUUGAAACUCAAGGUCAAGCAAUUGUUUCUUUGCUGUCCCAACUAAUUAACGUUAUCUCCAGCUGUAACAAAUCUCAUAUGCCCAUCAAUCCGGGAAUAAGCCGGAUAGACGAAGCCAUCUCAGCAACCAUUAAAGAAAUUGGAAUUCCACAGGAAAAUAUGUCAAAUUAAUAAGUUUACAUUUAAAUUUGGCCAAACAACUAUGAUAUGGGCAAUCUAAACUUAAUAAUUACUUCAUUCAUUUGGCUAAUCGUCGAGUGUAUUUUCUCGGUAGAGAUGAAUCAUAGAACUGUCUUUGUUAUAAGCAAGAAGUUGUUUAAAGAAAUGUAAAUCAGGAAGUUUUCUUCGAUGUCAAUAUUGACUUAACAUCAUCAGCGUCUAGAGUUUCGUACUUCAGUAAAGCUUCUGCUAACAUUUUGUGUUCCUCUUUGUGUUCCUUAAGAAUAGCCUUGGCUCUAUCAUACGACUCCUUUGAUAAAAAACGUUGGAUUAAACUGA